AUGCAGCCAGGGAUUAUCUAUGGCCCUAAUGGGACGGCGACGGCUUGCUGGCUUCCAGGCCAGCUCAACGGCUUCGUUCCUCAGCUUUCCGCACAGGGCUAUGUCCAACCUCAAUUUCCCCCAGAGCUGCAAUUCCCAGGAGGCGCGCACGGGUAUCCGCAGCAGGUCCCACCCUUUCCUAGCCUGCCCGGGUACCCUCAGCCGGGACCUAUCCUGGCCGAGCCGGGGCAGGUCCUUUCACUGCCGAAUCCAAAUGGAAAUCUGCAGCCACUAGCUGGCAUGCCCGCGGUUGGGUUACCUGGCACGGGGCCCGUGCUCUUCCACCAGCAGCCCCACACGCACAUGGAGCACCCUCAAAGUCAGCAAGCGGUUGCGACAUCGCUAGAACCGCCUGCGGCGGCGUUGCAGGCUUUGCCGAAUAGUCAACAGCAGCCCCAGCAGCUUCUUAAUGAGGGGUCGAGGGAAGGGCAGCAGCAGCUAGCAGGGCGAGUUGCAGCAGAGCAAGGCGUCGACGCAGGGGUCGAUGGCGUCGCCUGUGCAGCAACCGCGACAGCCACACGCGGUAAUGGCACCGCUGCCGCGGCCGCGGGGGUCCUCCCUGUUCCCGGCUCACCCACCCCUCAGCUGCACCAACAACACCAACAGCAGCACCAACAGCAUUCGCAGCAUCAGACCGCCAUUAAAGCGACGAACAGCGACGACAGCUUAGGCAGCGCAUUCGGCGAUGUGGAGGAGUUCACUAGGGAUUUCGGGCGCAUUCCCUCGCCGCCGCCCCUGCCGGCUGACUUCCAUAGCGCCGCGAAUGGGGGCACCAAUGGCAUGCUCUUCAAUUUUGCCCAAUUCAGCCAGAAGCUGCCUCGCUCGCAGAGUCAAACGCGCUUGGACAAGAAUCUAUCAGCAGUUGGCCUGGGUCUUGACAACGGAUUGGAUGCGGACCUUCUGUACGACCACUCAGACGACGGGGAUCUCAUGCAACUGCUCUUUGGGGUCCCCGACGAGCUCCCGACGAUGGCCACGAUACACCUUCAUAAGUGGAGCAACGGUGACGAGGAGGAGGAGGAGGUGUUGGAGCCGGGGGGUAACGGUGGGGAGCGCAGCGGACUAGCAGCGGCGACGGCGGCGGCAGGGCCUGGGCCGAGCUCCUCUGGCCGGGUUGGCGGCGGCGACGCCGACGGUGCCCUGUCGCACCCUUUUGACCGCACCAGCAGCCAUGUGGUAGAGGGGACGACGACAGCCGCAGUGACCUCUCAGCAGCAGCACCACCACCAGCCGGGUGAGGAGAGUGUUGUGGGGACGCCGGUGCUCGCAGCGGGCGAAGAGCAACAGCCUCACCAGCAGCGCCAUGAGCAUCAGCAUCAGCAGGGGCAGUCCGGGGUCAUUAACUUGAAAACGGAGCUGUUGCUGGACGGGCACCUGCACGAGCCGGGGCCGGAACCCUACCUGGUGCAUGGUGGCAGUGUUGGUGGCGGCAAGGUGGCGCUGGGGCAGCUGGUGAACGGUCUUUCGAGUAAUCAGAGCCACCCAGGAGACGAACACCACAGGGAGGACCACUCGGAUGCGAAGUGGACGGACAAACGGACGCACGGUGGAGACAGUGAGGGGCCCAGAGUGACGAACGGGCUGGCUGGACAGCCGCUGCUACUGCUGCUGCCGCCGCCGCCGCCACCCCUUUGCGGCCGCGGCACUCACCGGGGAAGGGGGUUCAGCCUGCGGUUGGGCUGGAAGGUCGAAAAGGGUGCUUCCGAAACCCGGGAGGGCCUCCUCCCCUCCACCUGA